GUAUGUGGGUAAAUACGGCGGGGUGGAGGUCUGCAGGAUUUGCACCAGCGCGGCUUUCGCUGCGGAGCGUCUGUGUCCCAUGCAUUCCCCCGGUACUGCAAAAUUGAGAGGCUGGCUGAGGCAGGCGUGAUGCUCCGCCCAGAGCCUCUUGAAAGAUAGAAACGGGAGUGCCUUCUUGUACUUAAUCAAUUAACGGCGGGAAACUGCGAUUCGUGGACGGAAAUGUCUCCCAAGGAACUUACUUCAGCCCAAACGCGCUUAUGGAGGACCUCCCCAGGAACAGAAGCUAAGGCUCAUCUCUCCACCUAUCCCCAAAGCAUCGCUCACUCCUGGCAGACUCCGCAGAUCCAGCUGAAAGGAUUAAGGAAAAGGGGCCAACAAAUAAUAACAACAAGAAGGGUACAGCUGAAGAUGGAAGAACAAGAUUCAGGUGGCCCUGAAAUAAGAAGAGAUCAUGUAGCCCGUGAGUCUAUGAGCAGUGAAGAAUUCUGGGAAAGGACUGAGCAAAUGACCCUGGGAGGGGAAAACAUCAGCUCAGAUGGACAGCGCCAGCGCUUCAGGCAGUUCUACCAGCAGGCCGAGGGCCCCCGAGAGGUUUGCAGCCAACUCCACAGACUGUGCUACCAGUGGCUGAAUCCAGAAAGGCACACAAAAGCUCAGAUGCUGGACCUGGUGAUCCUGGAGCAGUUCCUGGCCAUCCUGCCCCCAGAGAUGGAGAGCUGGGUGAGAGAAUGUGGAGCAGAGACCAGUUCCCAGGCAGUGGCCCUGGCAGAAGGUUUCCUCCUGAGCCAAGCAGAGGCCAAGAAGCAGGAAAAGCAGCAGGUGCAGCUGCUGACAGGUGAAGUGGCUGCUGAUUGCCCCAAGGCAGAGAAGGUUAUAUUGGACACCAGAAAGAAACUGCUCUUCAGGUGGAUCAUGCAGGAGGAAGAUGGAGUGGACGCCUUGAUGGAUGGUGGAUCAGCACAGGAGAUUCACUCCAGGCCUUCCUCUCUUUGUGGUGAAGUGAAAACUGUUUCCCUGCAGCGACUGGAUCAGGGCCUGGUCUCUUUCGAGGACGUGGCUGUGUCUUUCGCAGAGGAGGAGUGGGCUCUGUUGGAUCCAGGCCAAGUUGCUCUGUAUAAAGGAGUCAUGGCUGAGAACUAUGGGCAUCUAGCCUCCCUGGGACUUAGUCACCCCUUCCAUUUGGUCACCUCAUGCCUGAAAAUGGAGACUAUGGAAGAGAAUGACUCAUGUGGCCCGCAAGCAGAAAGCAGCCCUGAUGCAACUGAGGUUAGGAGCACUGAAGGAUUUGUCCAGAAAAGCCUAUGUGUGGACACCACUGGCUCAGAUGCGCAGUGCCAGCACUUCAGGCAGUUCUGCUACCAGCAGGCCGAGGGGCCCCGAGAGGUUUGCAGCCGACUCCACAGCCUUUGCCAUCAGUGGCUGAAGCCAGAAAGACUCACAAAAGCUCAGAUGCUGGACCUGGUGAUCCUGGAGCAGUUCCUGAGCAUCCUGCCCCCAGAGAUGGAGAGCUGGGUGAGAGAAUGCGGAGCGGAGACCAGUUCCCAGGCAGUGGCCCUGGCAGAAGGUUUCCUCUUGAGCCAGGCAGAGGCCAAGAAGCAGGAAGAGGAACAGCUGGAAGGAGUGGCAACAGAAGUGUCUGCUGAUCUCUCCAAGGCAGAGAAGGCUACACUGGACGCCAGAGAAAAGCCACCCUUCAGGUGGAUGGUGCAGGAGGGUGACCAAGUUGCCAGCUUGCUGGGCCUUGGAAAGACCCUGGGGCCUCCUUCCAGACCUUCUCCUCUCAGUGGCAGAACGGAUUUUGUUUCCAUGCCAUCGCUGGAACAGGAUUGGGUGACCUUGGGAGAGGUGGCUGUGUACUUCACGGAGGAGGAGUGGGCUCUGCUGGAUGCUGCCCAAAGGGCUCUGCACAAGGAAGUCAUGGAGGAGAAUUCUGGGCAUCUGGCCUCUCUGGGACUUUUGGUUUCCAACCCUGACCUCCCAUCCUGGCUGGAGAAAGAGGAAGGACCACUUGUCGAGGGCUCCAAGGAAGGAGAGCGAUGUGCAGGUGAUGAGAGAGAGAGUGAAAUGCAGUGGAGAAAACCUGAAGGAAAUUGCAAGUGGGGAGAGAAAUCCAUUCUUUCCAAAGGAUCUGAUGUGAAUGAAAUGCCUAUCCUGAAUGAAAGUCACAUUGAAAACAGAAGGAAUAAGAUCCAUUUACAUGCAAAAAUCUUAACUUGUAAAUCAAACAAUAGCAUGGAUCAAAGAAUCCACACAGAGGAGAAGCAAUUUAAAUGCUCAGAGUGCGGAAAGAGGUUCAAGCAGAGCACAGAUCUUAUUAGGCAUCAAAGAAUCCACACAGGGGUGAAACCCUAUCAUUGCUCAGUGUGCGGAAAGAGCUUCAAGCAGAGCACAGAUCUUACGAGGCAUCAGAGAAUCCACACAGGGGUGAAACCCUAUCAGUGCUUAGUGUGUGGAAAAAGCUUCAAGCAGAACACAAAUCUUGCUGUCCAUCAAAGAAUCCACACAGGGGUGAAACCAUAUCAGUGCUCAGUAUGUGGAAAGAACUUCAACCAGAGCACAAGCCUUGCUGUGCAUCAAAGAAUUCACACAGGGGUGAAACCAUAUCAGUGCUCAGUGUGUGGAAAGAGCUUCAACCAGAGCGCAGGUCUUGCUAUGCAUCAAAGAAUCCACACAGGAGUGAAACCAUAUAACUGCUCAGUGUGUGGAAAGAGCUUCAGUUGGAGUGCAAGCCUUACACGGCAUCAAAUAAUACACACAGAGGAGAAACCAUAUCAUUGCUCAGUUUGUGGAAAGAGCUUCAACCAGAGCACAAAUCUUGCUGUGCAUCAAAGAAUCCACACAGGGGAGAAAUCAUAUCAAUGUCCAGAGUGUGGGAAGAGCUUCAGCUGGAGCGCCAGCCUUAUCCGACAUCAAAUAAUCCAUACAGAGGAGAAACCAUAUCAAUGUUCCAAGUGUGGAAAGUGCUUCAAACAGAGCUCAAAUCUUGCUGUGCAUCAAAGAAUACACACAGAGGAGAAACCAUAUCACUGCUCAGAAUGUGGUAAGAGCUUUAGCGAGCACACAAAUCUUUCUCUGCAUGAAAGAAUCCACAGAGGGAUGAAACCAUAUCAGUGCUCAGUGUGUGAAAAGAGCUUUAGCCAGAGCUCAAGCCUUAGUUGCCAUGAAAGAAUCCACACAGGGGAAAAGCCGUAUCAGUGUUCAGUGUGUGGAAAGAGAUUCAAACAGAGCACAAAUCUUGCUGUGCAUCAAAGAAUCCAUACGGGAGAGAAACCCUAUCAGUGUUCAGUGUGUGGAAAGAGCUUCAACCAGAGUACAAGUCUUGCUGUACAUCAAAGAAUCCACACAGGUGAGAAACCAUAUCAGUGUUCAGUGUGUAGAAAGAGCUUCAGCCGGAGCACAAGCCUUACACGACAUCAAAUAAUCCAUACACAGGAGAAACCGUAUCAAUGCUCAGUGUGUGGAAAGAGCUUCAGUGAACGCACAAAUCUUGCUGUUCAUCAAAGAAUCCAUACAGGGGUGAAACCAUAUCAAUGCUCAGUGUGUGGAAAGAGCUUCAGCCAGAGUGCAAGCCUUACACGACAUCAAAUAAUCCACACAGGGGUGAAACCCUAUCAGUGUUCAGUGUGUGGAAAGAGCUUCAACCAGAGCACACAUCUUGCUGUGCAUCAAAGAAUCCACACAGGGUGAAACCAUACUUUUUGGUAUCUGUGACAUUUUUCUCACAGGUUCACUCUUUCAACAUACAUAAGAGAGCAGAGAGUGAUCAUCUGCCUUUAGUCAUGAUCUUUUCUGCAUGUACUGCAACCCACUCUGUAAUAUGCUGUUAACUGAAGGAUCUUACCUAAGACAAAUAAUAUAAAUCGGGUACUAAUCUUAAUGAGAAGAUCACAACCCUAUUAAAUUCUCAGCAGAUGCUAAAACCGUGGCAACUUGCAAUACUACCUAGUUCUGACGUUUAUGAUAUUUUUUCAUGAAAUUAUUUCUAUAAUAAAUCCCCAUCUGACAACAGCAGGUCAAAUGUAGAGGGGCCAUAUCAGGAAGAGCUGGUUGGAUCAGGAUCAGCCUUGUAACAACUUGAGAUCAGAGUUCUGGGAGGAUCUGACCCUCCAAUUCAGUCAUUGAUUGAUGCAGUUCCAUUUUCAAUAGAAAUUGUUCUUGAAAGUCAAGAAACUCUUCUAUUAUAUAGAUCAAUGGAGAGAGCUGGGUCUUUGUAUAAUCCAGAAAAAAAUGAUAGGAAUUUCUGGGAAUUUGUGGCAACUGGUACACAGUCUAAUUCCAUCUCAGGUGCUUAUCUUCUAGCUGAGACAUGGUUUCAGUACUUUUCGGCCAUUUAUGGUAGCACCCAGAAUGUGACGACUUAUGAUUACUCACUUCCUGAUCCAGGCCUUCUCCCAGAGUGGGCUGCCAUUUCAGGACUAGAUGCAAGCAGUUGACUGGUGCCUUGACCCUUGGGAAAGCCCCUGGGGAGGACAGUGGUGACUCUUUGUGGUAUUUAAAUUGAAUGCCCACUGAUGAACCCCCAUUCUAGCAAGGCUUUUCUCUGGGGGAAAAUGGGGGAACACACAAGUGUUGUCAAAGUAUUAUUUAUCCAGUACACAAAAAAGGCAGUACGCAGGAGCCUUUCAACUAUUGCCCAAUCAUCCUCCUGGAUGUAUCUCCAAAAAUGAUAUACUUGACACCUUAUAAACAAGUAGGGGUAUUGGGCAGAUAGGACGACAAAUUGUCACCCAGAGCAGGCAGGCUCCCCUAAGGGUCACAGCACAAUAGAUCACUGUAUCGGCUUGAAAGCCUCGAUCCAGAAAUAUGCUAACAGCCAUUAAAAACAUGUUUAUUUUGCGUUUACUGAACUUUUGUCCAUCUUUGAUGUUAUUGAUAGAUUUAGACUGUGUGAAAAGCUUGAGGGGACUGACACUGACAGGUGGCUUCUUGGAUUACUGAUUGAAUUGCACUCUAAGCUCACAGCCAUGAUGACGGUAACUCAACAAGGAUCGCUAUCCAACCCCCAUUUAUUAAACAGAGGAGUCAAACAGGACUGUCUAUUUGCUCCCUUUUAAAUUAAUUUUUACAUCAGUGACAUAGUGCAGGCCAUGGAGUACCAGAAAUUCUUCUCCCCUUUGGCUUAAUGGGUGCAAUGUAUGCUGCUGAUAUGGCAAAUAUGUUGAGAUCAGGCUCAGAAAAAUGCUGGAAAAUUGUGGUUAGACUGGCCAAUUUCUGCAAGGAGGAGAAGUUGAGGUUCAUCCAUGAUAAGCCAAAAGUGGUGGUCUUUGGUAUUGGUAGAAUCAAGCACAGUUGGACAAGUAGUACUCAGCACAUAGAGUAAUGCUCCUCCUUUAAAUAUUUGGCUGUCUCUUUUCAGAAAUCUCUAACCUGGGCAGUACAUCUUGUCAGUAUCUGACAAAUUACAGCACAGAGUGCAUUUGAAUAUCUAUGCUCCGGCAGUACAUGUAGCAAAAAAGCAGUUCUUUUCUGCAUGCGCUGCAUCCUCACACUCAUGUCCAGCAGAGUUGUCUAGGGUUUUGAGGGGACUAGUAUGUGCCCCUCCUCCCUUGAAUUAGAAUUUAGAGACAUCGGUGACUCACUCUGACACCUUUACUGAGUUAUUUGCAGAUAAAAUCUCUCAGAUUCGAGCUGGAUUGGAUUGCACUGUUGUUGCAGAGUCUAUAAUGGAGGUAUCAAGCAACUCCUUGUAUAGUUAGAUUGGAUCAGUUUCAGUUUGUGACUCCUGAGGACGUAGACAAGCUGUUUGGAGAAGUUCGCCUUACCACCUGUUCUCUUGACCCUUGCCCUACAUGGAUCAUACAAUCUAACAGGGAAAUUAUGGGUCUUGUUACUAUAAUCAGUUCCUCUCUGAAGGAGGGCAAGGAGGCAAUUGUUAGAUCAAUUUUGAAGAAAUCUGCAAUGGAUCCCUCAGAGCUAGGCAGCCUCUAGUCUUCAAUGGUUGGGCAAGGUGAUUGAGAGGGUGCUGUUGUCUCAACUCCAGUAGGAAGAGGCAGAUUAUCUGGACCCUAACAUUUGGGUGGGCUAUGGGGUGGAGACGGCCCUGGUCAGCCUGAUAGAUGAUCUUCAAUUGGGAAUUGACAGUGGGUGUGUAACUUGAGUUGGUCCUCCUUGAUCUCUCGGUGGCUUUUGAUACCAUCAACCAUGGUAUCCUUCUGGACUGCCUUAGGGGUGGGAGAUGGGAGGCAUUGCCUUGCUAUGGUUCUGCUCCUACUUCUCAGGUAAAUUCCUGAUGGUGUUGCUAAGCUUCCAGAUUGUAGCCCUUCAAAGUGAGAGCUAAUGAGGUGCUUCACACAAGCAGUGUGAAACGCCACUCUCCCCACACACGAGCUAGCAGCUCAUCCUAGCUGGCCGGAUCAGCCACCCACAUUACCGGCUCCAUGAUGGAGCUGGUUGAGGCAGCGGGGAUCCGGGGCCGUCCAGCCCCCAGAAGUCCCAGAAUGCCCCAUGUGAGCAUGCAGGGCAUUCUGGGGAGCCCCCAAACGACGGGAGGCUUGUAGCCUCCCGGUUGGUGGUCUACUCAUGAGUUGCUGUGGCGUAGAGCCACACCGCUGUGGCACACGAUCAGACAAUCGGGGUUUAGCGGGACACUCGCUUCACUGACCUCAUUUAAGGCAAGCAGAUUAAGCAGGCUUGCCGCCAGGAGCCACAUGGCUCCUGGGAGUUCACACGCACUGGAAACCAAGCAGGGCUCCUUUAGCCCAGUUUCCAAUGCGCAUGAAAAUAGCCUCAUUAUGUGGGGGUCUAAAGGGCUCCAUUCUAUCUCCAGUGCUUUUUCACAUCUACAUGAAACUGCUGGGAGAUAUCAUCCGGAGAUUUGGUGAUAGUUACAGGGUAACUAUCAAUGUGCUGAUGACACCCAGAUUUGUUUUUCCAUAUCAACUUCAUCAGGAGAUGGCUUAACCUCUCUAAAUGCCUGCUUGGAAUUGGUAAUGGGCUAGAUGAGGAUUCAACUCAAGUUGAAUCUAAAUAAGAUGGAGCUACUGACUGGGGUUUGGGACCUGAGUGAUGGUUUUUGAUCUGCCUGUUCUGGAUGGGGUUAUCCUCCUCUUGAAAGAUCAGGUAUGUAGGUUGUCCAGUACUUCUGGACAAAAUCCUCUCCCUGAUAUCUCAGGUUGAAGCAAUGGCCAGGAGUGCUUUUUAUCAGCUUUGGUUGAUACACCAGCUGUGUCCAUUUUUUGAGACAAGUGACCUUAAAACAGUUGGUUCAUAUGCUGGUAACAUCCAGGCUUGACUACUGCAAUGCAUUCUAUGUUGGGUUGCCUUUGUAUGUAGUUUGGAAACCGCAACUGCUGCAGAAUGUGGCAGCCAGGUUGGUCUCUGGGGCCACCCGUAGAGACCACAUGACUCUUUCAAAAGAGCUACACUGGCUGUCAAUUAGUUUCUGGGCAAAAUCCAAAGUGCUGGUUAUUACCUAUAAAGCUCUGAAUGGAUUGGGCCCAGGGCAUUUCAGAGAAUGCCACCUUUUUCAUGGACCAAGACUACAACACCAAGACUACAACGCCUGGGGCUAUUUAGUUUAGAAAAAAGACGACUGUGGGGAGACAUGAUAGAGGUCUAUAAAAUCAUGCAUGGUGUGGAGAAUGUGGAUAGAGAGAAAUUCUUCUCCCUCUCACAUAACACUAGAACUAAAUUGAUUGCCGGGAAAUCUAGGACCAACAAAUGGAAGUACUUUUUCACACAAUGCAUAAUCAACUUGUGGAAUUCUCUUCCACGAGAUGUGGUGACAGCCAACAACCUGGAUGGCUUUAAGAGGGGUUUGGAUAACUUCAUGGAGGAGAGGUCUAUCAACGGCUACUAGUCGGAGGGCUCUGGGCUACCUCCAGCCUCAAAGGCAGGAUGCCUCUGAGUACCAGUUGCAGGGAAGUAACAGCACGAGAGAGGGCAUGCCCUCAACUCCUGCCUGUGGCUUCUGGCGGCAUCUGGUGGGUCACUGUGUGAAACAGGAUGCUGGACUAGAUGGGCUUCCUUGGGUCUGAUCCAGCAGGGCUGUUCUUAUGUUCUUAUGUUAACCCCACUGCCGAAUAAGCUCCAUCAGGGGAAGUCCGGCUGCCAUUGCCACUGGAUUGCUUGAUAGCGACCCAAAACAAGGCCGUCUAUCGUCUAUAUCGUUGCCCUGAGGCUUUGGACUAUACUCCCAAAUGAAGUUCAAAUCUCCCCAUCUCUGGUUGUUUUUUAAACAACUUUUGAAGACACUCAUUUGGCUUAUAGUUUAUAAUAUUUUAGGGUUUUAAAGUUUUAUUUAUGGUCAUUUUAAUCUGUUUUAUAUGAUUUUUAGGUUUUAGCUGCAGUUUGCUUUAUUUGUAAACCGCCCUGAGAUUUUAUAUGGGAUGGUAUAUAAUGCAAUAAAUAAAUACAUUUAACAAAGUCCUGUUAAUUGCAUGACGUACAGUGGGGAUUCUUUUAGCAUUCUUCGGGGGGGGGGGAAUUACUAGCCCCUCCAUUUAAAAUAUUUCAUUGCAAAAUAUUUCCCCAGUUUUUGUGGGGGGCAGAAGUUUGGCGAUGGAAUGCAAAUGUGGUUGACAACUUAGAAAUAGUCCAGAAUAGUUUUCUGAUAAAAAUUCUGGGUCUUCUCCCAGAUGGCCCUGCUGUGUGCAUAUAAGAAUGGAGGCAGGGCUGCUCUCAGUGUCCUGAUACUUCUAAAAUCUUUUAAGAAACUUGAUAAUCUUCUGGAAGGUCAUCUAUUUAUAUCUUGUUACUGGCACUAUCAAGAGGGGAAUCAGUGGCCAGACGUGCUGUCUCAUAUUCUAAAAAAGUCCUCACUAGAGGAAGUCCUGGGGUAGGGGGGAAAUCCAUAACUGGCUCCUUGAGUGUGAUGCCAGCCAAGACACUGGUUUGGUCCAACAUUCACAGUUCUCCCUCUGGUAUCUUCACUUCAAGAAAAACAGUUCCAUUUAGCAGUUCCUACUUAAUCUCACCAGCACACCACUAAGAUAGGCAUUGCCCUCUGUGUUCUUUGGGGGAAGAUUUCCCGAGGUUCCUGUGGAACAGUACCUCUGCCCCUGUGGCCAGGGGCAAGUGGGAGGACAUUAAACAUUUUCUCCUACACUAGGCUAAUCAACUGAAUUUGUGAGAUUCAUGGGUUCCAAAACAGAAUGUGUCAAUCAUUUGCUGGCGAAUGCGUCUCCUUAUUUUAGUUGUCAAGUGGCCAUUUUUUACUCUACUGUCUUUUACAUUUAGAAAGAGAGCUGUGCCUGCCAAUCCUACUAGACAUAUGGGUAAGAGUAGUGGUUAGAGUGCUGGACUAGGAUCGGGGAGACCCAAGUUCCAAUCCCCAUUCAGCCAUGAUACUUGCUGGGUGACUCUGGGUUCAGUCACUUCUCUCUCAGCCUAACCUACUUCACAGGGUUGUCAUGAGGAGAAAAGUAUGUAGUGCACUGCUCUGGGCUCCUUGAAGGAAGAGCGGGAUAGAAAAUGUAAAUAAAUAAAUAAAUAAAUAGAAAUUGUAGUUCCAGGAUUAGCUCUAUUACUCAAAUGGUAUCCACUAGAGUUGUAACAUUUGUCAGGUAUUUAAGAUGGUCAUUCUAUCUAUAUCUCUUUUUAUUGUUAUGCAUGCUGUUUUAGCUAUUAUGUUUUAUGCUAUCUUAUAAUGCUUUAAUAGGUGUGUGAUGACCUGUGGUUACAACAAUAAACUAAUUACAACAGUG